AAUAGAUAUAGUCAGUCCUGGAAUAUGUGUUCUUUUUUAAACAGUUUUUUUAUUAAGUAUGUUAAGUACUGGAGGGGUGGAAGUUUAACUUUUCUCAGAUGUUAGGAACCAGAAAAAAGUUAAAAUUAUAUCUGUGAGUAAGCUGAGUGAUUAAGCUAGCAGAGCACUCUAUCCUGCAUUCUUACAGCAAUUCUUUAAAACAUUUGUCUGGAACACUUCUCAUGCAGUGAUGUUUGAAUUUAUCCCAAGGGAAAUGCAUUAGUAACCCAAAUUUUCAGUGUUUUGUCAAUUUUUUUCUUUCUUUUUCCAUUGUUGGGAGAUGAUUCAGAGGACAUACGUAACAUUUUAAAAUAUUUAAUCUUUGGGGGAUGUGGGAGCUGCUAGGUUUAUCAAAUUGGGUACCCAAAAGUUCCCUUCACCUGCUGACAUGUUCUUUGCUAUGUGCAGUCAACUGAAAAGCAUUCACUACGUCAAAAUUCUCAUUCAUAACCAGAAGAAAUUUAAAGCUACCUUAAAUAUACAUAGAAAAGAGAUCCUCUCCUCCUCUUCUCUUACUUGUUCUCCAGAAAAACAAUUCUCUCACAAUCAGACAUCAGGUACAUGAAAUAAACAGCAGACUUGCUCCCACAACCUUUUUGAGUAGGAGUGUGAAAAUCCAGUAUUCAGUGACCUGCCUGUAUCAGUAAAACCUUUCAGCAGACAAAACAGAAGCCUUGAUUUAAUUCAUCUCCAGACAUAACUGUCAGUCCAUGUGACUUCUGGCAAACCUUCUGCAGACAUCCACUGCAGCAGAUGCUGCUCCAGAAUGCAGGACCUCUAAGGAUGAGAAACUGGACUGGGAAUAACAAUAUAUAAUAAUUCUUAUCAUUCUGCUGAAAUGUACAACUUCCCUUGGAAGCCUGUGACAGAACAGACACUGUGAUGCCAUCACAGCCUUACUAUUGAACAGUAGCACACUAUUUUCAUCCUCAAAUUAAAGAACUGAGCUUGGGAAUUGGAGCUCAGUUUGGCUUAUUCCCUUUCACCUGCUCACUUCGGGCAGAAUAUUGUCACAGCACUAAGUGAUACAUAUUUCCCUUUCUGACAUUUUAACUUACUUGUUUUGGCUGGAUGACUUCUGCUCUGUUCUGCAAUGUUCUGCUGAUUAUUCUGUGUCAAAUUUAUUGUUCUCCUUACAUGUACAUUAAUCCCAGGCAGGAAAUUUGCAAAUCUAAUAAAAAAGGGAACUCCAACUGCACACAGUAUCUUACUGCUGCUAUAGAACUCUCUGUACACAUACUGAAAAAUCCAACAUCCUUUUAGUCCAAAGGCAACAGCCAGUUCUGCCUGAAAAACAACCCACAUGGAAGGAAACUUCUCAGUUCCAAACAGAAACCAGGGGUUUGGACCAGCACUUGUUUUCCUUGAACACUCAGGCUGUGCAUGCUGAGGGAGCCUGCACACCAUUAAAGCUGCUGUACCUGAGAGAUUCUGCUGACACCUAAACUUCUGUUUUUUAGAAGGUAUGGCCAAAUUCACAGCUCCUUUGCUGUGUAACUAUUCCCCUUCCCACACACAAAAUGAAGCAGCUUCUUAGAAAAAGCUUUGGCUUGAGGAUGAGCACCAGCAGCCAGGGCUCCUGAGGGCUGUUUGUGAAGGUUUCUGACAAAAAGAAGCUCCCACAACAGCAAAAUGCACAAACAGCCCUGUCCUCCCCCUGACAGCUGCACUUUCACACGUGCUUCCUGACAGCUGGGAAAAGAUGUUCCGCUCUUGCGGUUUGCUGACAGCUUUCCACAUCAGAAGCAUUUCUGAGGGGAGGGUGGAGACUGUCUUAAACAAAAUUCAAAAGGAAAACAAACCCAAACAAGUAAACCUCCACCAAUAUUAAAAAAACAAGGAGGAAGGAAGUGCACACAACGUUCUGUGAGGAAAUUUUGCAAUGCUGCAACGGCCAAGGAUUUGGGAGGGAUUCUGUAUGACUCAGGGAAGGGCUGCAGGGCUUUGUUGCUUCAGAAAGUGAAAAGAAAGAAAUAAGAUAUAAGACAAGGAUCACUAUUAAGUCAUUUUCUGUGUAAGCAAUUGUACAAGGCCUGGAGUCCUGCAGAAGGCAUUGCCCAUGCCUGGCUGACAUUUACUUCACCCAGAGUAAAGAACAUCUACUUGCCAAGACUGUCAUUAUGUAGCUUUGUAUUACUGACUACUUCAUCAAAUUAGUCACCAGCUUUGUUUAUGCAGAAGUGUUGAACUCAAAUUCUUUAUGAGAUUUGUACCUUCUAGUACAAGAUCUCACUUCCUUAUAGCUUAAUAUUUGAAGCUCAACUGAAAUGUUUUCUUAACAAGCUAGCUAGCUAUAAAUACUUAUAGACAUCUUAAAACUUCUUUGGAUUUGAUACUUUUUUAGACUGUUUUUUAAAAAUUAUAUUGCUGCUAAAAACCCACCCAGUGCUACGUAUUUCCUUAGUCUCAGCUAUAUUAUCACUUGCCCUGUCUCUAGGAAAUGUCUCUUUGAUAUGGAUCGGUGAUCUCAUUAAUUCCCUUACCACAACAGUGCUAGAAAAACUACCCAAGAGGAGAAAGCUGGGGGUUGGUCUUUCCUCCCAAGUAACAAGUGAUAGGACAGGAGGAAUCAGCCUCAAGUUGCACUGGAGGAGGUUUAGAUCAGACAUUAGGAAAAAAUUCUUCAUAGAAAAGGUUGUCAGACAUUGGCCCAGGUUCACCUGGGAAGUGGUGGAGUCACCUCUAGGGAUUUAAAGACUUGUAGAUGUGGCACUUGGGGACAGGGUUAGUGGCUGACCUGGCAGUGCUGGGGGAAUGGUUGAACUCAAUGCUCUUAGAAGCCUUUUCCACCCUCAGUCACUCCCUGGUUCUGAACUGCAGGGCAGGAUGGCUCCACCACACAACUCAUGGGGGAAACUGCUGCUCAUGUCAGCCACGUCUGGGGACAGCUGGACACAACAUUUACCUGUGUCCCAAACUGCUGCUCAUGUCAGCCACGUCUGGGGACAGCUGGACACAACAUUUACCUGUGUCCCAAACUGCUGCUCAUGUCAGCCACGUCUGGGGACAGCUGGACACAACAUUUACCUGUGUCCCAAACUGCUGCUCAUGUCAGCCACGUCUGGGGACAGCUGGACACAACAUUUACCUGUGUCCCAACUGCUGCUCCCCACCCCACUGCUCCUCUCUGCCCACUCCCCUGCCUGCCAUAGGCUAAAUGUACAUGGGAUAUGACAAAAUUCUCCAAAGCAACAUGAGUAAAGAUCAGCACUGAUCGGCACAGUUUCCGUAUUUAGAACUUCCUUAAGUCCUAGAGCCACUCCUCCACCUCCUUCAGAAGAAAGAUCUCUGUCAUGUAACUCCACCAUCUCUCUUGCUCAGUAUCCAGAAAUGUUUUUUCUUGCAAUUCUGCUGUUUUCCUACCCUCAAAUGUCUCAACAGAUACAGAAGAUUACUGCAAAUGGCAAAGAGAUGCUGUCCAACCCCAAGCUUGUACUGGUUCAGGGGACUUUGAACGUGGUGAUGAAGCAGAAUGUGACCCUCUCCUGCCUGUCUGAGCCUGGAUCUCCACCUGUCAGAUACACUCUGUUCAAGCACAACCAGCAGGUAUCUGCUUCAAACAGGUCAGACCUGACCCCUGCGCUGUUCCCCCUGAGCAUCAGCUCUGCCAGCGACGCAGGGGAGUACAAGUGCAAAGCUGAGUACAACAACUCCAGCAGUGGAAAAUACAGCAACAGCCUCAACUUCACCUUCAUAGAGCCAAUUUCCAAACCAGUGCUGAGCUCACCCACCUCUCAGGCCAAGAGAGGCCAGAACGUGACCCUGUCCUGUUUCUCGGAGAACGGAUCCCUUCCCAUCACGUAUCUCUUCUUCAAAGGAACACAAAACAUUUCUCCCCGAAAGACGAUGCAGAAGAGGGAAGCAGCUGUGAUUUUUCUAUUUAUCGACUCCCUUAGUGACUUUGGAACCUAUAAAUGCAAAGCUUAUAACAGUUUUCCCAACAAUACAAAAUACAGCAAUGCUUUCAACUUUACGUUAGCAGAAGAGAGAAGCCAUUCUCAGUCCCUGAUAAUUUCUCUUGGGCUGAUCCUGCUACUACUCCUAAUAGGCUUGGCUCUGGCAGUUCCAUUUUUCAUAAUUCCUUUGUAUAAAGCAAGAAAAUACAAGUCUAGCAGGCCCUCAAUUGUCCUUACUUCAACAGUGAAUGCAGAGGAGUCUGAAAAUGAAGUCAUAUACUCAGAGAUUGGUAAGUUCCUGUCACCCCCUGCAGUCAGGCAGGUUCUUUCAGGUACUGCAGAAUCACUGGGACAUCUACUGACCCCCCAGGCAGAGGCACUAUUUGAAAUCCCUCAGAAUCCAAAAUCUCAGAAUCAAAAACCUGGCAUCAUCUGACAGCCAUGCAGCCAAAACUGCAGCUGGUUAAAUGAACUGAGGUUUAAAUAAAAAAGGGUGUAAUGGCCACUUAGCAACAGACAAUAGUGAGCUAUAUGAAGCUGUAGCAAAGUAAAACUUGUAUAGCUCCUGCAUUCUGUUCUGAAUUGUUCAGUACUUUAGUUCUUUAUUCAAUCCUUCUUAAGUUUGGCAAGAUUCAAGGUCAGGUCAAACUGAAAUUAUGAAGUGACAACAAAGGAACUGACCUCUGUUAAGAAAUUUUAGUACUUGAAUUGCAGAAAACGCACAAUAAUGAAGACAUUACCUGACAGCACCAAUGCUCUGAACUUGGACAUUCCUACAUUUGCCUUGAAUGUGAAUGCCUCUUUUCAAGGGGAAUAAGAACCCCCCCAAACAAACCAAUAGCAAAGGCAUUAAUGUUUCUAAUAAUUCCAAUUUCUAAAUCUCCAAAUGGAGUAACUGUCUCCAAACCUGCCUUCCUGUUCAUGCAGUAGACAGAGUUCUCACUGCCCUGCUGGGUCAGCUCAGUGCUGUGCAGCUGCUCGUGCCAGAUCUCAGCCUGCAAGGACAGUGAUAAAAGCUCUGAUAAGGCCCAUGGAUGCUCCAUGAUUUAUAUUCAGUCUGGAAUCUCACUGCUUUGUUUCAAGAUUAUAGAAAAAAAAAGUCUGAUUCAAGUUGUUUGUAAUUGAGUUAACUGCUGUUCAUCAUC